GGGUAGGGGUGUCAUUAGUGUUUGUUUCACGUCAGUGUGUCACAGCUUGCAACACGCGUGUAUCAAAAAAAUGGUCGGUCCUGGACAGGUUCCCAUCCUCGUCUUGAGUCAGAACACCAAGCGUGAGUCUGGGAGAAAUGUGCAGAUCCAGAAUGUUCGGGCUGCUAAAGCAGUUGCUGACGUGGUACGAACUUGUCUUGGACCCCGAGCAAUGUUAAAGAUGCUGAUGAACCCCAUUGGGGGGAUCAUCAUGACAAACGACGGAAAUGCGAUCCUCCGCGAGAUCACCGUGCAACAUCCAGCGGCCAAGUCCAUGAUCGAGAUCAGCCGCACCCAAGACGAGGAGGUCGGUGAUGGCACCACCUCUGUUAUCAUCCUAGCUGGAGAGCUCCUUACAGCUGCCCUGCCGUACUUGGAACAAAAUAUUCACCCAACUGUCAUCAUCAGUGCCUACCGGCAGGCCUUGGAGGAUAUCAUUAACGUUCUCAAGGAGAAAGUCAGCGUUCCCGUGGAUGUCAACAACCCGCAACAGAUGGCUGAUGUCAUACAGAGUUGCAUUGGAACCAAAUUCAUCAGCAAAUGGGGUGACCUGGCGUGCCAGAUUGCCCUGGAAGCUGUCAAGACUGUCUGCGUCGAAGAGGGCGGUCGGAAAGAGAUUGACAUCAAACGUUACGCGAAGGUGGAGAAGAUCCCUGGUGGACGAGUCGAAGACUCUAAAGUUCUGCGAGGCGUAAUGCUGAAUAAGGAUGUCACGAACGGCAGGAUGCGCAGGCGAAUCGAAAAGCCGAGGAUUGUUCUCCUGGACUGCACCCUGGAAUACAAGAAAGGAGAAAGUCAGACCAACAUUGAGGUAAUGAGAGAAGAGGACUUCACCAAGAUACUUGAGAUCGAAGAACAGUACGUGCAGCAGAUGUGCAGUGACCUCAUCAAGCUGAAGCCCGACGUGGUCAUCACCGAGAAGGGUAUUUCCGAUUUGGCUCAGCACUACCUGAUGAAGGCAAACAUUUCAUGCGUUCGUCGGGUCAGGAAGACUGACAACAACAGGAUAGCCAGGGCAUGCGGGGCAACUAUAGCCAACCGAACAGAUGAACUGAAGGAGACAGAUGUAGGAACCAAAGCAGGACUUUUUGAAAUUCAAAAGAUUGGAGAUGAGUACUUCUGCUUCAUAACUGAAUGCGAGGACCCCAAGGCUUGCACCAUCCUCCUGAGAGGAGCGUCCAAAGAUGUUCUUAACGAAGUGGAACGCAACCUCCAGGAUGCCAUGGCUGUCACCCGUAAUGUCAUGCUCGAACCUCGCCUUGUGCCCGGAGGUGGAGCCGUGGAAAUGGCUGUCGGCCACCAUCUAACGGAAAAGGGCAAGGCCAUCACGGGCAUCCAGCAGUGGCCGUACCGUGCAGUAGCCAAGGCACUGGAAAUAAUUCCUGCGACUCUGAUCCAAAACUGUGGAGGCAACACAGUUCGAGUCCUGACAGCUUUGAGGGCAAAGCACGCAUCCAGCACAGACGGCAAGUGGAGCAUUAACGGAGAAACUGGAGAGAUUGUGAGUACGGACGAGCUGAAGGUGUGGGAGCCACUGGCAGUUAAGCUGCAAGCCUACAAAACUGCCGUUGAGACGGCCAUUUUGCUGUUGCGAAUCGAUGACAUUGUCUCCGGUUCCAAGAAGAAGGACAAGGCCGAAGGAGAUUCAGCUCCAGCUCAGGUAGCACCAACGGAGGAAUCUGUCAAAGAAUGAAGUUAAGGAGUGUUGGUACUGGCCACAAGUGAAACUGUUAAUUUAAGGCAUCUCUGUUCUUAGCAACGAUCACAGCAUCUGUUGUGCGGGCAUUUUGUGCAUAUUUUCAUGCAAGCCAUAUUGAAAUAAUAAAAAGGGGCUUCAGAGUUCA